AAUGUCAAUGACAUGAUCUCCUAUCAGUGAUUUGUUGAAUAGUCUCUUUAUAUUUGAUAUCGAAUUCUAUUUAUUUUUAUUGAAAAUUUACCUUUAUUUUCCUCUAAAUCGAUAAAAAAUAACCAAUAAGCAGUUGAUGUAAUAAUGUUAAAGUAAAUGUUCAGGAAAAGAUUCGCGUAUCGCGAUAUAACCUUAACAAAAAAAGUUGCAAUCAAAACAAACAAUGGCACAGCGAUUCGACGCAGCGGCUUACAGUUUCCGCAAAAAAAUGCCGUACAUAAGCAAGGACCUUUUACGAUGGUUCCCCGGGCACAUGAACAAGGGUCUAAAACAAAUGCAACGCAAGUUGAACAGCGUUGACUGCGUGAUCGAAGUCCACGAUGCAAGGAUACCCUUCACAGGUCGCAACCCUAUAUUCACGAAUACUCUAACAGGCUCGAAACCCCAUAUACUGGUGUUGAACAAGAAGGAUUUAACAAUAAAAUCUUUAAUACCGCGAAUAAAAGAUCAAUUAAAAGCGGAACAAAAUAUAGAAAAUGUAAUAUUUACGAAUAGUAAAGACCAGACGUGUCGAGGUCUUAAGAACCUUAAGCCGCUGAUGGUGGACUUGAUAAAGAGCUCAAAUAGGUAUAACAGGAGUGAAGAGCUAGAUUAUAAUGUGAUGAUAAUUGGUGUGCCCAAUGUAGGGAAAUCAUCUUUGAUAAAUAUGCUGAGAUCCAAGAAUAUGAGCGUGAAGCACGCGCUGCCGGUCGGCGCGGUGGCCGGUGUCACCAGGAGUCUGAUGACCAAGAUGAGGAUCAAUAAUGACCCCACUAUUUUUAUGUUAGACACACCUGGUAUCCUUGAGCCUUCAGUGACAGAUGUGGAGAUGGGACUGAAGUUAGCAUUGUGCGCAUCCCUGCAGGACCACCUGGUGGGCGAGGAAAUCAUCGCCGACUAUCUGCUGUACUGGCUGAACAAGCAUAGUAAAUUCAAAUAUGUUGAUUAUAUGGGACUAGUGGAACCAUGCGAUGAUAUUAAUAAGGUACUAAUCGCCGGCGCCGUGAAAAUGAAUCGCGUGAGGAGAGUUCGAGACUUCGACGGCGGAAUACGUGACGUGCCGGACCUUUUAGAGGUCUCCAGGACGUUCAUCAAGGCAUUCAGAACGGGCGAGCUGGGCAAGAUACUGUUGGACAUAGACUUGCUGGAUUUCAAUAAUAAAGAGAAACUAGAAAGAAGUAAUUUAGCGUAAGGCAAAUAAUAUUUGUAGAGAAUUUACAGAUUUAUUUUCUUAUUCGCGUUAUCAGCGUGUUUCAAAUUUGUACUACCACACGUGAGUAUAUAAGGGUGCAGCAUAGGCCGUGCCCACCCCAGUCUCCGAGCAAAACUUUCAGCUAUUCACACGUCUAAGGGUGUUAUGUGCCUUUUUUAAAGGGCUAGUUAACUUAGUUACAUUGAGCUAUAUAUAUAUAUAUAUAUA